AUGAAAAUACUUACUAAUCAAGAAGUUAUUAAGGAAGCACCUGCUAAAUACUUUGCUUCCCCUAUGAAUUUUAAUGCUACUGAACAUGCUGUAAAAUACUAUACCAAGAAUCAAAAAGAAUUUAUGGAAAAAUAUAGAUUAAUUAUUAAUUCUAAUGAUAUUGAUAUUGAUCAAAUUAAUGUUAGUUUAAACUAUGACUCAAACAAAUCUAUUUCACAAUACAAGUUGAGAGUUUCUCUCCUAACAAACACUAAAAUUAAUUAUUUAAUUCAAAAUAAGUUUGAAACCUAUCGUAAAAUUGAAGAAAUUAUUAAUGAAAGCUCCUUAGAUGUAUCUAUUGUUAUGAGUAAGAACUUCACAGAGGAACAAGUGUCUGAAUCAAUUAAAACAAUUGAACAAAGAUCUAAUAUUACUAUUAAAAAAGAAAAUAUUAAAAUUAGUAAACUAUUAAAUAAUAAUUAUAUUAUUAAUAUUAGAUUACAAUCUGACGAUGAAGUUUAUAGAUUUACUAAAGUGGUUUUUCCAAAGAGAGAUCCUAUUGGUAUCAUGCACUUUAUUCAAUUUGUAUCCACUGCUGAAUAUCUUACAAAGAAAUAUAAAGUGAACAAACAACCUGAUAGUACCUCAAUUAAUAAUGACAGCAAAUUAGAUAGAAUUAUGGAAAGACUUGAUUUAUUGGAAAUGAAUUAUACUAAAUUACAAGAACAAUUCAAUGAAAUUAAUGUAGUUGUUAAAAACACAGAAAAAGAAUUCAAAAAUUUAAUGGAUAAAAUUCCAAUAUGGUUACAAAACCAACCAAAUAAUAUUAUUGAUAACCAAGAAUUAGAACUGAUUGGAAAUCAUAUUGAUAACAUGUUAGAGAAGAUGGUAGAAGAUGAAGAAAUUAGAGAUGUUAGAAUGGCUCCAAAUCCUCAAGUAAGAAGAAAGCAUGAUGAUAUAGAUGAUGAGGAUGAACCACAACUAAAAUAUCAUGCCAAUGAUUAA